AUGGCUUUUGGUGCAGCGAUUUGGGUGUUUUUUGCAGCCCUCUGUUUGGGCAGUGUGAUAAUGGUGUCUGGAGGAGGCAGCAGUCCAGGUUACAAUAAUAAUAAUAAUGGUGGUGUGGAGAACUAUCAAAUUUUGCCAAAUACUAAAAGUGGGCAAGAGAGGGCUCUUUGCUAUGCCAAGAAUAGCAGGUGCCUUUUGAAGAUCUUGAAGUGCCCUCUCGAGUGCCCCAUGAGGAAACUCUACACUUACAAGAACAAAAAGGCCAAGGGAUGUCUCAUUGAUUGCAGCAACAAAUGUGAGACCACCUGCAAAUAUAGGAAGGCUAAUUGUAAGGGCUAUGGAGCCAUAUGUUACGAUCCUCGUUUUGUAGGAGGUGAUGGCGUAAUGUUCUACUUCCAUGGCGCUCAAGAUAAGGACUUUUCCCUCCUCUCUGACCACCACUUUCAUAUUAAUGCCCACUUUAUUGGCACAAAGCUUGAAGGUCGUGACCGUCCCUACACUUGGGUCCAAGUCUUAGGUCUCAUGUUUGACUCUCAUACCUUGAUAAUUGAAGCCAAAAAAUCCUCUAAAUGGGAUGAAACUAUCGACCACUUCAUCUUCACUUUUGAUGGUGAGGAAUUCACAAUUCUAAGUUUCUUAAUACUCUCUUUUACUCCCAUUUUGCUUAACAUGCAGGAAGCUUUGGUUCAAUGGACCCCUCCAAGUUUGGGCCCAAGUACCAUGACGAUUGAGCAUAUUGACAACACCAAUAAUGUCAAUCUCAUUGUGCCAGGGGUUGCCGAUAUAAUCGUCGAUGUGGCCCCCAUCUUGGAAAAAGAGAAUCUCAUGCACAACUACCAACUACCUGCUAAUGAUGUGUUUUCUCACUUGGAAAUGCAAUUCAAGUUCUUUAAUCUCUCAUCUGAAGUGGAAGGUGUUCUAGGCCAAACUUAUAGACCUGGGUUUGAAAACCCAGUUAAGAGGGGUGUUCCUAUGCCCAUCAUGGGGGGUGAAGACAAAUAUGCUACAUCUUCCUUGCUAUCUACAUAUUGCAACUACUGCAUAUGUUGUUCUACAUCAUAUUUCUCUUCUGAGCAAUUUAUUAUAAAUGAUAUGGAGACAUUCAAAGUAGAGUGCACUAGCAACAAUGGAAAUGGAGGCAUGGUGUGUCGAAGGUAA